AUGAACACUACAAAGCCAUUCAUGUCUCGUUUAUCUGCCUUGCUUCGGAAGAAACCGUUCCCCAUAUCUUCUCCCGGGCCACCUUUACCCUCCGGCAUACUCGUUGAUGAAGAGAUCUCGCCAGUAUACGAUUCCAAGUACUUCUACCCAGCGAAGCCUGGAGAGGUACUCGGUGAUCGUUACCAAAUCAUGGUCAAGGUUGGUUGGGGCGUAUCUUCAACAGUAUGGCUCGGGCGUGAUUUGCAAGGGCAUAUCGAAGAGCCAGAGAGUAUUAUAGCACUGAAAAUCGCCAAGAACAAUGCGAGUUCCGCUGGUCACGAGCGCGAAGUUGAAGACCAUAUUUCCACGGCAGACCCAUCACAUCGCGGUCGCUCACUUAUGCGAACAUUGUUAGACUCUUUUGAAGUGAAAGGUCCAGAAGGUUCUUAUUCGCGUCUUGUGUAUCCGCCCAUGAGGGAGUCAUUGUCGAUGUAUCAGCGGCGCUUUGACGAUAGAAAGAUACCGCUGCCCCUCAUUAAAACAUACAUUCGUGCUCUUCUUACGGGGCUUGAUUAUCUGCACAGAGAAUGCAGGACAGUUCAUACGGAUCUAAAGCUUGAGAACAUUAUGGUCUCAUUCGAGGAUCCAGCCGUGCUUGCUGAUUUCAUGAAUUCUCAGCUUGAAAACCCGAUUGUUUUUAAGUUUGAUUCAGCGGGAAGGCCAGUAUAUCAGUCCCGUAAUGACUUCGGGCCGCUCAAAAGCCUGAGAAGUAUACCACAGCUUGUCGACUUUGGCUUGGCAACUAGACUCGAAGAAGACGACGACUGGGGCGUUUGGCCCAUUCAGCCAGACCACUAUCGGGCGCCAGAAGUGAUUCUGGGUAAUGGAUGGCAAAUGCCUGUGGAUAUUUGGAAUCUUGGUGUUCUGUUGUGGGAUAUGAUCGAAGGCAAAGAGCUAUCUCGGCAUAUUCAUGAUCAAAAAGGUCGCUACGAUGCUAAACUACACAUUGCUGAAAUGAUAGCAUUACUCGGUCCACCUCCUCUAGAGGUCAUAUAA